AUGCUUGCCAAAUUUUCCCUCCUUUCUCUUCUCCUCACCUCUACUGCCUGUGCCGCCGGCGGCCAGGGUCUGUCCUACGACAACAUUGACAAGUCGGCCACCCCCGGCGCCAAAGCGCUUCUGAAACACAUCCAGUCACAGUAUGGAUCGCAUUACAUUUCCGGACAGCAGGAUGCAGGCAGCUGGGACUGGGUCAAGCAGAACAUUGGAGUGGCUCCUGCGAUUCUGGGUAGCGACUUCAUGUAUUACUCGCCUUCGGCGGUUGCUCGUGGCAGCAAGUCCCACGCCGUCGAGGAUGUGAUCCAGCACGCAGAUCGUAACGGAAUCAACGCCCUGGUCUGGCAUUGGUACGCUCCGACUUGUCUGCUCGACAACGCCGAACAGCCGUGGUACAAUGGAUUCUACACCAAGGCCACCUGCUUCAACGUUGCCGAUGCCGUCAACGACCGUCGAAACGGAACCAACUAUCGCCUCCUACUGCGUGAUAUCGAUGCCAUCGCCGCCCAGAUCAAGCGCCUUGAUCAGGCCAAUGUUCCGAUUCUCUUCCGCCCGCUCCACGAGCCCGAGGGUGGAUGGUUCUGGUGGGGUGCCCAGGGCCCUGCCCCGUUCAAGAAGCUCUGGGAUAUGAUCUACGACCGCAUCACUCGCUUCCACAACCUCCACAACGUGGUCUGGGUAUGCAACACCGCCGAGGCUGACUGGUAUCCCGGAAACGAUAAGUGUGACAUCGCCACCGUCGACCACUACGCCAAUGCUGGUGACCAUGGCGUUCUCGCAGACAAAUACAAGAAGCUCCAGGCCGUCACCAACAACGAGAGAGUUUUGGCUCUGGCAGAAGUCGGUCCCGUUCCCGAUCCCACCGUUCAGGCUCGCGAUAAGGUCAACUGGGCUUACUGGAUGGUGUGGAACGAUGAAUUCAUCAAGGACGGCAAGCAGAACUCCAGACAGUUCCUACAGAACGUGUACAACAACACCAGGGUUGUUACGCUCGAUGGUGGCUCCAAGCUUGCCUGGAACAAUGCUUAA